CCUUGUACGUUAGCGCAGAUAAGCUAGAAUACAACUCGAAUUGCAUUGCUUGGUAAACAUGUCGAAAUUUGUGCUUUUGUUGGCUAUCUGUUGCAUGUGCCUGCUGCAAGUUGAGGCGAAUCGGAAGACAUGUGACGAGGUGUCUGCAAUCUGUGUGAAAGCUCAGCGUUUAACAGGACCCGAGGAUGAUGUGACAAACUUGUUCAAUUUCCAAUGCCGCAGACAAAAUCGCAAUUGGAAAAAUAUAACACGCUGCCAGCUGGAGCGUGCCGCCUGCCUAUUAACUUUGGUCAAAUGCGAUCGUCUGAGCUGUGUUAAUGUGAUCAAUGCACUCCGGGGAUGAAUUUGAUAUUUCGAUAUCAUAAUAUGAAAUUCGAUGCAUACAAAAAUGAUUGACACAGAGGAUUCUUUUGCAUAUUAAUUGAUACAAUAAAUUAAUACAAGCUAAAUCUUGUGGCCCUAACUAAA